AUGUGCGGCUCGCCACUCGCUGCAAGUCACCUACCUUCCUUCAUCUCCCCCCCCUGCUCCCUCCCCUUCCCCAUCUCGCCUCCUCAGCUCCACCGUAUCCUCACAUGUGCGGCUCGCCACUCGCUGCAGGUCACCUACCUUCCUUCAUCUCCCCCACCUGCUCCCUCCCCUUCCCCACCUCGCCUCCUCAGCUCCACCGUAUCCUCACAUGUGCGGCUCGCCACUCGCUGCAAGUCACCUACCUUCCUUCAUCUCCCCCCCCUGCUCCCUCCCCUUCCCCAUCUCGCCUCCUCAGCUCCACCGUAUCCUCACAUGUGCGGCUCGCCACUCGCUGCAAGUCACCUACCUUCCUUCAUCUCCCCCCCCUGCUCCCUCCCCUUCCCCAUCUCGCCUCCUCAGCUCCACCGUAUCCUCACAUGUGCGGCUCGCCACUCGCUGCAAGUCACCUACCUUCCUUCAUCUCCCCCACCUGCUCCCUCCCCUUCCCCACCUCGCCUCCUCAGCUCCACCGUAUCCUCACAUGUGCGGCUCGCCACUCGCUGCAAGUCACCUACCUUCCUUCAUCUCCCCCCCCUGCUCCCUCCCCUUCCCCAUCUCGCCUCCUCAGCUCCACCGUAUCCUCACAUGUGCGGCUCGCCACUCGCUGCAAGUCACCUACCUUCCUUCAUCUCCCCCCCCUGCUCCCUCCCCUUCCCCAUCUCGCCUCCUCAGCUCCACCGUAUCCUCACAUGUGCGGCUCGCCACUCGCUGCAAGUCACCUACCUUCCUUCAUCUCCCCCACCUGCUCCCUCCCCUUCCCCAUCUCGCCUCCUCAGCUCCACCGUAUCCUCACAUGUGCGGCUCGCCACUCGCUGCAAGUCACCUACCUUCCUUCAUCUCCCCCCCCUGCUCCCUCCCCUUCCCCAUCUCGCCUCCUCAGCUCCACCGUAUCCUCACAUGUGCGGCUCGCCACUCGCUGCAAGUCACCUACCUUCCUUCAUCUCCCCCCCCUGCUCCCUCCCCUUCCCCAUCUCGCCUCCUCAGCUCCACCGUAUCCUCACAUGUGCGGCUCGCCACUCGCUGCAAGUCACCUACCUUCCUUCAUCUCCCCCCCCUGCUCCCUCCCCUUCCCCAUCUCGCCUCCUCAGCUCCACCGUAUCCUCACAUGUGCGGCUCGCCACUCGCUGCAGGUCACCUACCUUCCUUCAUCUCCCCCACCUGCUCCCUCCCCUUCCCCACCUCGCCUCCUCAGCUCCACCGUAUCCUCACAUGUGCGGCUCGCCACUCGCUGCAAGUCACCUACCUUCCUUCAUCUCCCCCACCUGCUCCCUCCCCUUCCCCAUCUCGCCUCCUCAGCUCCACCGUAUCCUCACAUGUGCGGCUCGCCACUCGCUGCAAGUCACCUACCUUCCUUCAUCUCCCCCCCCUGCUCCCUCCCCUUCCCCAUCUCGCCUCCUCAGCUUCACCGUAUCCUCACAUGUGCGGCUCGCCACUCGCUGCAAGUCACCUACCUUCCUUCAUCUCCCCCCCCUGCUCCCUCCCCUUCCCCAUCUCGCCUCCUCAGCUCCACCGUAUCCUCACAUGUGCGGCUCGCCACUCGCUGCAAGUCACCUACCUUCCUUCAUCUCCCCCCCCUGCUCCCUCCCCUUCCCCAUCUCGCCUCCUCAGCUCCACCGUAUCCUCACAUGUGCGGCUCGCCACUCGCUGCAAGUCACCUACCUUCCUUCAUCUCCCCCCCCUGCUCCCUCCCCUUCCCCAUCUCGCCUCCUCAGCUCCACCGUAUCCUCACAUGUGCGGCUCUCCACUUGCUGCAAGUCACCUUCCACCACGCCUUUCCUUCCCUCCCUUUCCCCAUCACCCACUAACGUCUAA